AACGUUUGCGCAUCUAUAUAGUGUAGAUUUCCAAUGACUAUUUUAUAUAUGUAUUCAUUUUCUCAUUGAUAUUUAUUUGUAUUUUUUCCCGUAAGAAAAAGGAAAGAAGAUAGUUGAGAUUAUAUUAUUAUUAUUUUUUUAAUAAUUUGAAAAAUUUACUUGUGUGUGUGAAGUAACAAACAUGCCAACAUAUGAAAUGCCGCUUAUGUUACGUGUCAUGAAAAAGCCAGAACUGGUAGCAACUUUAAAGAGAGCAACCACAACGAUACUUAAUACUGGGGGUUUUUUAAGAAAAAUUGAGAAUUGGGGAGUAAAACCACUUCCAUGCAAAAUGAGAGCUCAUGGACGUAUUUAUAGAGAAGCAAACCAUUUUCUUAUACAUUUUGAUGUACCUCCAAAAGAUAUAGAUAAAAUUUUAGAUGAAUGCAACAGAGAUGUUGAUAUCGUUAGAUUAAGAAUAUUUAAACAAAAUAAACCAAUUAAAAAAGAUUGUACGUUCCAUGAGGAAAUGUUACCACCAUCAUACAGGCCUAAUGUCCAGAAACUGGUGGAAUUGGCAAAGAAGAGGCACGAUAAUCAAUAUGCAUUUAAAUAUAACACUGGAUUAGACUAUUAUCCUUUUAAUAAAUAAUUACAGGUUUUUUUUUUGUUAUAUGUAGUAUUAUUUGUUUUAAAAUAAAAUAUAUCAAAAAAAUUGAGAAUAUAUUAAAUUUUUUAUUUGGAAAGAGAAUUAAUUAGGAUAGGAAGUUGAUUUAAUUAGGAUAGAACAAUUAAAAAUGCAACAUACAAUUGUGUUUCAUCAUAAGCAACAUUUAAUAUAAAAAUCACUUAUUGAUGCAUUGUUUAUUAACUCAUAUCAGCACAUUAUGAAAAAUUAUUAAUUUUUUUAACCAUCAAUAUAUAUUUGUACAAAAUAUAUACUUAAUAUAUAAUCAUUCAUCAUUAUAUAAUAAUUAUAAUAAUUAUUAUUAUCUCACGUGCAACAUGAAUUUAUAAAAUAAUUUGGUUAGAUUGUGAAAAGUGUUCAACCGCAAUAACAACACGGCUAGCCAAGUAUCUGUGGCUCUUCUCUCAUAUAAUAUACUUUGUAAUAUUUAACAAAUGUUAUAGUAAUUGUCCAAACUAAUGCUAAUUACGUGAUAUCUUUGUUCUUUUGUAAUGUAUAAGAAUGUUUAUGUAUUUUCUAUCCUGAGAGCUACAUAGUCGCGUUGUAAACCAUGAAAUACAAUAAAUUACAUCA